GUCGUGUUCUUGGCCGGCCUCGGUAAAUCGGGCGAAGUCAACUUCCUUUAGACUUGCGAACUACCGUGAUUCGGUGCUGUAUGGUCCUACGCCGCAAUCAAUGGGAUUAGAAUGUCCAACCUGUGAAAUUGAACCCUUAAGCAAGCUAGUUGCUUCCGACACCUUCAAUGUCACAAGGAAGUUCAUCAAACAAGAUCACGUAUACGGCCCUCGAAACAUCAAUUUUUAACAAGAAAAUUGAUUUGAUUUUGUUACUAGCCCCAGGAUAAAAGGCUGCUAAUGAUAUCGAUUGCAAACAUUCCACUAGUAUCACAAUGGCCUUGCAAGCUCUCUUCCAACCUCUUCAGCUCGGACCGAUCACGCUGAGAAACCGCGUCUUCAUGUCUCCCAUGACGCGUGGUCGCUCAGUUCCAACCAACGUUCCCAACGAUAUCAACGUCGAAUACUAUAGACAACGCGCUGCUGGAGGCGCAGGCCUGAUCGUAACGGAAGGGGUACUCAUUACCCAGCAGGGGACCGAAUGGAAGAACGUUCCUGGUAUCUGGUCAUCGGAACAAGUGAAGGGAUGGAAGAAGGUUACCGACGUUGUACAUGCCGAGGGCGGUGCGAUUUUUGCCCAGCUAUGGCAUCUUGGCCGUGUUAAUCAUCCUGAUGCUCCUGAACAAAUUGCUUCCGGAGAACCCGUCUAUGCACCCUCAGCUAUUGCAGCUCGCGGAGGCAAGUUUCGUUACCUUCCCGGCCAGCCAGGCUACGUAACCCCCACUGCCAUCGAUGACCCCCGCGUCCUCGUUGCACAAUGGAAGCAAGCAGCAAUCAAUGCCAAAGCAGCAGGCUUUGACGGUGUCGAGAUACAUGGCGCAAAUGGGUACUUGGUCCACCAGUUCCUCGAUAGCACUUCGAACAAGAGGAUCGAUGAGUGGGGUGGUAGUGUCGAAAACCGGUCUAGGUUCGGCUUGGAAGUGCUCAAGGCAUUGAUAGAGGUUUGGGGUGCGGACCGUGUUGGUAUCAAACUCAACCCUACCGGAGGCUACAAUGACAUGGGAAUGCCUCUUCAAGAGACACUAGACACGUUCGGCUACUUUAUCUCUGAAGCCGGUAAGUUUGGUUUGGCAUAUAUUAACCUCGUCCGUUACGUUGACGGCCUGGAUCAAGUGGUUGACGGUGCAAAACGUGGCACGAAACACGAUGUUCUCGCUUCGUACUUGCCGCUCAUCAAACAUUCCACCGCGUUUGUGAACGGCGGAUACACAGGCGAAGAGGCCGCCCAGUUGAUUAGCCAGGGUAAAGUGGCUGGAGUGUUCUUUGGUAUCCUUUGGGUCGCGCAUCCCGACUUUUCUAAGAGGCUGCAAUACGGAAAACCAUUGGAUGGACAGCCGGAUUUCACGGCGCUUUAUGGACAUGGCGGAGAUGAAGAAAGCGAGAAGAAAGGAUACACCGACUACCAUUUUUCCCAGUACAAUUAGGGCACACAGAAUGUAACAGUACUGUUGAAUGUAAAACAAUUACUUACUACAUAGUCCCGCCUGCCGG